AUGGACUCGACCGAACAGGAGCUCGAGGCCUUCCGUCAGAAAUGGAGGGCCGAGGUCACUGCCAGGACCAAGGGCACGCAGCCGGCAUCACCAAGGACAACGCAGGCAUCGUCAAGCAGAGCGCCUAAGAAUAAGGGCCCUGACGUGCCAUCCCACGUGCGCCACCACAGUGAAGACGUAGACGAGGCAGCGCCUCACGCGUACCAUGACCUGAGCGAGAAGCAGCAUGGAAGGCGCCUGGAUGAAACCAGUGCGCUCGCCCCUUCAUUGGGUGCGGAACCAAAGUCUGCGCUGGACCAUUACGAGAAAGCAGUAGAGAAGGAGACCCAGGGCAGUUUGGGGGACAGCUUGAAUCUGUACCGGAAGGCUUUCAAGCUCGACGAUAGCGUUCAUGAAAAGUACAAGGCGAAACAUUUCCCUCCCAAACCUCCACACCCAAAGCCGAAACCUCAAGACCCCAAUUCCUCAAAUGCCCCGGUCACGGUUCCUGAUACUGCCCAUCACUCCCUACAAGGCCUCCGACCGACCCUACAGUCGAUGAUCGAGGCUUUCUCCGCCCUCUCCAUCCUAGGCGACGAGCCACCGACUGACUUCUCCCCGCCACCUCCAUGUCCCAUCGCCGCCACCCCUGAGGAGAUCCUUGUUGAGAUCCUCGAACAUGUCGCCCUUCAAGACGUAGCAUCAUUUGCCCGCCUGAGCCAGGUCUGCAGACGCCUUGCAUAUCUUGUGACCACCGAAGAGCGAGUCUGGAAACGCAUCGCCCUAGGUCAUGAGUACGGAUUCGCAGCCAUGCAUUAUACCUGGUCCUGCCAGGUCGACGGCAAACCUCUCGGAGACGAUGACCAAGGCGGUUACAUUCUCGGCCCACAUUUCUCAGAUCCCAUCGUACCCACUCCCUUUCCCCAAAACAUGACCCCCCUCCUUGUACCAUCAGCCUACCCAACCUAUCGCACCCUUUUCCGCCGCCGACCCAGAGUCAGGUUCAACGGAUGUUAUAUCUCCACGGUGAACUACACCCGUCCUGGCGCCUCAUCCCCCACGAGCAUAACCUGGAACUCGCCCAUCCACAUCGUGACAUACUAUCGCUACCUCCGCUUCCUGCGCGACGGGACUUGCAUUUCCCUCCUGACAACCUCCGAACCCUCCGACGUAGUUCCUUACCUCUACGUCGAGAACAUGCACAACAAUCACCACAACCUUCCGUCCGCUCCGAUGAAGGAUGCGCUACUAGGUCGGUGGAGGCUGACGGGACCGGAAGUCCCUGGUGUUGAGGACGGCGAGAAGGAGGGCACGCUGGAGAUCGAGACGGCGGGUGCAACGCCAAAGUACAUGUAUAAGAUGUAUCUAGACGUAGGUAUCGCGGGGCGUGCGGCUAGAAACAAUAAGCUUGGUUGGCAAGGUUAUUGGAGCUAUAAUCGGUUGACGGAUGACUGGGGCGAGUUCGGGUUGAAGAAUGACCGGCCGUUCUAUUGGAGUAGGGUGAAGAGUUAUGGGAUGAGUUGGGAGGAGAGCGGGAUGAAGUGCUAA